CUGUCUCUAGACUUCUAGUCACUAGCUAGUCUGCAUGAUGCAUCUGACCUCUACUCCUCUGAGUCUUAAUUGAUAAUGUUAUGUUAAAUCUGGAUUUAGACACACUAAUAAUAAAAUAUUAGUAAUACUAAUAGUUAGCUCUAGAUCUACCUGAAAUCUGGGUUUAAGGAAUAAGUCUAGUAUUAGUAGUAAUUAGUAUGUAUUUUUUAAAACUAUAUUUAAUCAAUGCUUUUGUCCUAGCAAAUCUGCAAAGAAAUCUGUGAAAGACAAACUGAAAGAAACAGAGACAUUCCAUCAUCAUCACACUGCUGCCUCAAAGAGCUCACAUUCCAGGAAAAAGAGGAGGAAAUCACAUGCUGAACGAAACAACAAGAAGAAAAGACAUGAAAAGGCGAAUGGAGGGUCAAGAUCAGAAUGUCAGAAACACCUUAGGCAUGCUCAAGAUAUGACAUCGAGUAACAAAAUGGAAUACCCUAUGAUGUCAGAUCCUCACAAGCAUGUGCCUCUUAUUACACAGAGUAGAAUCACUACCUCCCUUGGAAUGUAUAACAAGGCCAAGAAAUCAGACAGGAUCUUACGAGAUUUGAAAAUACCUGAUGCUGUGAGGAUCAAAACCAAGGAAAGCUUACUGAAGAUACUUGAUGUGUCGGAAGCUAACCUGCCACCGGCCCCAAACCUAGAUUCACCCCUGAUCCUGGAUGACAUGGGUCUAGGUCUAGUACAAGUAGUCCAGCCAUCUUCUCCCGAAGCAUAUAUUCAGGCAUCAAGACCAGUCGCUGUUAGUUCAACUCCAAAACCAGUCGCUGUCAUUCCUUCUCACAUGGAUCAAAACAAAGGCUUAUCAAGUCACAUAGAAAGGGCAGUGGAUCUUGAUAUUACUCAUACUAGGAAUCACAUUCUUCCUCUCAAUACCAGUCCAGAGCUAUCACCUGUAUCUGAAGCUGCAGAGAUGAUGCAGUCAUCAUUUAAUCUCAAUAGUGUAUUCCCUGGUAGAGACUACUUUUCAGAGAUCAAAGAUAGUCUUGUGAAACAGCUACAUAGACAAAGACAAAGGUCUGCCCUGAAGACACCUCGGAAAUCUCACAUACCCACCAGGCGACACUCCUCUGUGAGGAAAAACCUUAACAUGGAGUUUGAAAGAAAAUCAGGUCAGUAGUGAAAACAUAGUCAGUCAAACCAACUAUAGCGACCGCCCUAGGGAAACACAAAAAGUG